UCGUGUGCCCAACGGCUAAUUGCCGGCCAGUCGUUUCCAUUUCAAACGCAAAGCAAAUUCAAACCCAAAACGAAACUAUAGAAUUUUCCUUCACGAUUUGACUGCUUAAAAUAUUUUCGUUUUCGUUUUCUUCUCAUCCAACCACAUAUUAACCAUGAGCCAGAUGCCGUCCGAUCCAAACAAAAUCACCGAAACCAUACAGUCCCCAUCAUCCUCCGAGUCAACCCAAGUGCCGGCCCCGGAUUACGCUCCGUACCCGAAAUUAGAUCCGCAAGACGUCGCUCCUCCACCGGUGAAUUGGACCAACGUUUUCGUGGGUUCCCAGUCGCAGAAUAAUCAUGUCGCGACACCGGCCUCCGGCAGCGCUGCUACUACCAUGCCGGCUGAUUCGAAUCCUUAUGUUUCCCCUGCUCCGGUCCAAUUAUCUUCCUCCAAGAGUAAGAUGGAUUCAGUGAAAGAUGUGUUAGGGAAAUGGGGAAAGAAAGCGGCGGAAGACACCAAGAAAGCAAAAGAGAUAGCUGGCAACAUGUGGCAACACUUGAAAACUGGGCCUAGUUUUGCUGAUGCUGCCGUCGGAAGGAUUGCACAGGGAACCAAAGUUCUGGCAGAAGGCGGUUACGAGAAGAUCUUUCGAACAACGUUUGAGAAUGUUCCCGAGGAACAGCUUCUGAAGACGUAUGCUUGUUACCUGUCUACCUCAGCCGGUCCUGUUAUGGGAGUUUUGUAUUUGUCGACUCAAAAGCUUGCUUUUUGUAGUGACAGUCCUCUGUCUUACCAAGCUGGUACUCAGACUCAAUGGAGCUACUAUAAGGUGGUCAUUCCAUUACAUCAGCUGAGGGCGGUGAAUCCAUCUACAAGCAAAGCCAACACAGCUGAGAAAUACCUUCAGAUUAUAUCAGUUGAUAACCAUGAAUUCUGGUUUAUGGGGUUUGUACACUACGACAGUGCCGUUAAAAAUCUUCAACGAGCAUUGCAGCCCCUUAGCUCGUAACGUUAUCUUAUCGAACCUUCCCAGAAAGGUUACUCUGAUGUAGAUAAAAUAGAUAGAUGUUGAGCCAGAUUUGUCGUUGUCCAAGUAUCCUGGACGUUGUUUUGAGACACUGCGAUAUUCCAUUGUUUCUUAAACUCACCGAUUGUUAAAUUUUUAUGA